CCACCAGAGCCCACGUCUCUCAAGAUACAAACCAGACUGGAUGGAACAAUAACCAAAGAUCAAAUUAAUCUGCUCUAGAGAGAAAGAACCGACCCUCCUAUCUGUCCGCGCAAAACCCAUCCUCAUUCGCAGCGCAAUACCCAACCCACCAUGACCAGAUCCAACCACCCCCUCACCCAAGACUACUACGAAGUCCUCAACCUCCCCUUUACAGAGACUCCCACAGCGCUUUCUAAGCAACAACUCAAAGCAGCCUACCACAAAGCUCUGCUAAAGCACCACCCGGACAAAGCGCCCGGCGCAAUCGCAGACACCAGCAGCCUUCCCACAUCAGACACAAACUCCUCAUCGCACACAAGCCAUCGCUACACAAUAGACGAGAUCACAACCGCGUACCAAACACUUUCUGAUCCAUAUCUACGCGCUGAAUACGAUCGGUCGCUGCGACUCGAUCGCGCAAGGGUCGCGGAGCGGGAGAAGACAGGGACGGUUUUCCAUACGGGGUUGGAGGUUGUUGAUCUGGAGGAUCUUGCGUGCGAUGAGAGUGAUGCGGACGCUGCGCUCUGGUAUAGAGGGUGUCGGUGUGGCGAUGAGAGGGGGUUUUUGGUUACGGAGCAGGAUUUGGAGAGGGAGGCGGAUCAUGGGGAGAUCGUUGUUGGGUGUCGGGGGUGUAGCUUGUGGAUGAAGGUUUUGUUUGCUGUUGAGGAUGGGGAUGGCGAUGAGCAGAAUACUUGAGUGGUGCUGUGUGAUGUGUUUGUGUGAUUGGUUUUCGUCUUCGGGCGACGAUGGGUGGAUUCUUCGCUCGGAGUAUACUCCUGGGGUGCCUUUCGUCGCGAUAAUUGCGACUGAGUUGCCUUUCCUGGCAGGGUAUGGUGAUGGAGCGCCAGCCCAUAAUGGGCAUUGCGCACUCUGUCUUGCGCAAAGGAGUCUUUGAGGGAUAGUCCAUAGCUCACCAUCAGCAUACCGCAGCGGACGCUCGUGGUCAAGUGGCACUUUGACCUGUCCCACCCUCCAGGGGUGAUUGAGAUACUGCUCGCGGAUCGAUGCAGUACUAUGGACACUUAUAUACAUGUGGUAAAGCUUGGUUUAUCUUGACUUUGUUGCUACCACCGCCAGGUCUGUCUGCAAUAGAACUUGAGCCACUUGAGUCAAGAUAUGAUAUAUGAGACAUGAGAUAUAUAGAGAUUAGACUACAAAAGAAACGAUC